CAGCAGACCUUCUGCGAGGGCUGGCCUAUGAAUAUAGUCAAAAUACUCACAUAAAACACGAACACGCCCUUAAUCUCUACCCAAUACCUAUUGCCGCCGCCGUUUUUCAGUGUAAUGGCGGCGACGUCACUCGUCCCUACUCCGGCGAAGACGCCGACGCCCUUUCGUCCGUACCGCCGAUCGUCUCCUGCCGUCAACAGCGCCGACCCAAACUCCCGCCCAAAUUCCCUUCGCACAAGCUGCGCAGCAAAUAUCGUGAACGGCAGCCCAACCGCCCUCGAGCAAGCGAGCAAAAAACCGUGGCCGAAGUUUUUCGAAUCCACGAUUCCGACGGAGAACGCGGCGAGCAGAAAUCGCAUCAAGCUGUUCUCCGGCUCGGCCAACCCCGCCUUGUCCCAGGAAAUCGCGUCGGAUUUGGGGGUGGAGCUCGGGAAGGUGAAGAGGAAGAGGUUCGCCGACGGGGAGAUUUACUUCCAGCUGGAGGAGAGCGUUAGGGGCUGUGACGUGUACCUGCUACAGCCGACGUGUCCUCCGGUUAACGACAACCUCAUGGAGCUCAAGAUCAUGAUCGAGACCUGCUGGAGCUCGUCGGCCAAGUCAAUCACCGCCGUUCAAAGUCGGGAACCAAUUACAGCUAGAAUCGCAGCAAGGGACAUAUCGCGUGCGAAUCAUGUUCUAGUUUGUGAUAUUCAUUCUUUGCAGUCCAUAGGUUAUUUUGAUAUACCUGUAGACCAUGUACAAUGUGAGCCUGUAAUACUUGAUUAUCUAGCUAGCAAGGGGCUUCAUUCGAGUAAUAUGGUAGUGGUUUCGCCUGAUGUUGGUGGGGUUGCAAGGGCACGCGCAUUUGCCAAGAAGUUAGGUGAUGCCCCUCUAGCUAUUGUGGAUAAAAGGCGCCAUGGACAUAACAUUGCCGAGGUGAUGAACCUUAUUGGUGAUGUUAGAGGGAAAGUAGCAAUUUUGGUGGAUGACAUGAUUGACACUGCUGGAACAAUUACAAAAGGAGCAGAACUUUUGCAUAAAGAAGGGGCCAAGGAAGUGUAUGCAUGCUGCACGCAUGCUGUUUUCAGCCCGCCUGCCAUUGAGAGAUUGUCCAGUGGACUGUUUCAAGAAGUAAUAGUUACCAACACAAUUCCAGUGGCGGACGAGAAUUAUUUCCCGCAGUUGACUGUUCUUUCCACAGCAACGCUCUUGGCCGAGACGAUUUGGCGCCUUCACAAUGAGUACUCCGUUAGUAGCAUCUUCCGAUGAAUGGAUGCACUAUUUAAUUAUACAUGUUUUUACCAUUCUAUUUUGGAUAAAUUUUAUUGUAGACAUGUUUUUUUAAAUCAUCGGUUACUUAAAUUGAAG